AUGCAAGCUGGUAUGGUUUAUGAAGGAUUAAGAAUGAAUAAAAACCGUGGUAGGUCACCACGAUUUAGGAAGGCAAAAUUUGGGGUAUUUGGGAGCAAGUGGGUGAAGAAGCUAUUCUACAAGAUUUCCAUCGCAGUUGUCUCGACCGGUGUUAAGUAUGAUACAUUUGUGCUAGCGGCUGAUGAAGAUAUCAGGGUUCUAUUUCAUUGUGUCGGAGUUUUCCGAAGGUCAGAAUACACGAGCCGUAUGCGAAGUUGGAGGUUGGUGUCAAUAGUUCUGGGGCAUCAGCUCCGGUUCAUAGCUCGACUGCCGCGGGCGGUCAUAUCCCCUUCCUUUGCGGCUGAUUUAGAUCGAACGGAGGCACUUGGUUCUGUACCGUUGGAGAAUCCUGGGGUCUGGCAGCAGGCAUUUGAGGUGGAUACCGGUGGUGGCAUGAUUCAUGAUGUUCAAGGCUUCGAAGAACCUGAUCGAGUAGAGAAUGCAAUGCGGGAUGAUGACUCUGACCAAGAGCCUGUAGAUAUCAUUGGGGACAACGAUGAUAGCACAGGUGCCAAUCCACAUAAACAGCACGGGCCUUCAAGUUCUGGCAUACAGCAGUACCCUCCACACUUCUCCACUCUAAACUUGGAGGCUCUAGGUCAACAGGCGGACGGAGGUGCUACAGUUGGGAGUUCUUCUACAGAAUUUCAGAUUGGACAAUCAUUUCAGAAUAAAGAUGAAGCAGUUCUAAGUGUCAAGGACUAUAGCAUCUGUGGAGGUGUUGAGUACAGAGUCUUGAAAUCGGAUUAUCUAAAGUAUCAUGGAAAAUGCAAGGAGUUCGGCAAGGGUUGUAGUUGGUUGAUUCUCAUAUUGCUUCGUGCACGAAAGGGCACUUGGAAGGUUAGGAGGUACAACGGUCCGCACACUUGCUUGGCCACAUCUAUUUCCAGUGAUCACCGUCAGCUUGAUUACCAUGAACGACUACUUGUAAGAACAAUAACUAAAUGA